GUUUCAGUGCAUCUCGAUGUCACGCACACUAGCGCAGCUCGCACGAACGCACUUCUUGACAAGUUUCCUCCUAAGUUCGCGACGGUCAGAUUUUUCCGGGAUUUAUAUUCGCAAAAUUCACCGUCCAAAGUCACCCCAAGCGGGACGAUUCGUGUGGCAAACGGUUCCCCGAGGUGGCCCGCACCGGUCGCACAUCGAGUUUGGCGGAACGGCUCGCGGACGCGGCGGAAAAAACGAAUUCUUUGAAGGUUUUUUUUUUCCUGUCCUGGCUCUUGCGAAUGUUUGCCGUCGCGGGGUCGUAAAACGGGAUCGCUAAUUUCUCGGGAACUGGACCGCGCUGGCUUGCGUUGCGGUUCGCAAGAGGCGCUUCGGGGGUCAGCGUGCAUUUCUAGAUUAAGCAGCGCGCAAUCAUGAAUGGAUCGGCCGAUGGCAAAUCGUCCAGCUCGUCGUCGUCGUCCUCUUCCGGUGGAGGUGGAGGGACGUCCCAGCAACAGCAGCAGCAAAAGGCCCCGCGGAACUACAAGCUGAUUGCGGAUCCGUUUCUGCACAAGGGCGUUCCGAAGAUCUACCGGUACGAUGGGGUCGUGCCGGGAGAUCCGGCGUACCCGCCCGUUGUGCCGCGGGAUCCGCGCAAUCCGCUGGCCCGGAUACGGUCGUCCCGGUUGGACGCGAUGGAGCUGGUGCUGCCAAGGUUCAAAAUCGACCAGCACUACAUCGGCGAACCGCCGGCCAUCGAGAUCACCAUCACCAACCUGAACGACAACAUUGACAAACCAUUCCUGGCGGACCUGUUGGCCAAGUGUGGCACGUACACUGAACUGUACAUCUACUACCACCCGACGACGCACAAGCACCUCGGCCUGGCCCGGAUCGUCUUCGAGAACGUCCGCUCGGCGCGACUCUGCGUGGAGCGGCUCAACGGGACGUCCGUCAUGGGCAAGGUGUUGAACGUGUUCAAGGACCCGUUUGGCGAGGACUGCAAACGGCUGCUGGAGGAAAAGACCGCGGAAAAGAAGAAGGCAGCGCCGGUGGCGGCUCCGGUAGCCGCAGCACCCCCGCCACCACCUCCACCCGCUCCGGAACCACCGGCGUCACGUCACUCGUCCAGCUAUUCAUCCAAGUCCGAACCGAGGACGACGUCCUCCCAUUACGGAGCUCGCGGCAGUCACCGGAACGAGCAACUCAACGACGAUGACAACUGGGAUGAUCCGGCGCCGCCGCCGAAGAAGACGUCCGCCCCACCACCGGCGCCCGUGGUUGCGAAGGGUGCCUUGGCCGACGAGGACAUGUGGGACGCAGGUGAGUUCUCCGGCAGUGGUGGCAACAGCCAAGACUCGAGCUACUACAAGGAGAGCAAAUACCCGCCCAAGAGUUCGACGAGCCACUACGACGUACGGUCGGACGAGGAUAGCCGAGGCAAGUCGGACCGGUAUUAUGAUCGGGGCCGGGACAAGGACAAGGAUCGAGGCCGGAAGAGUUACAACCAUGGUCGAGAUGACCGGGAUAGGCGCGAGCGGGACGAUGAUCGAGGAGGAGGUCGUCGUGGUGAUUGGGACCGCGGGGAUGACAGGCGACGUUCUGGUGAUCGCUAUGGUUUAGGGCGCGGGGAACGGGACGGACGGCGGAAGGGAAGCGGCGGAGGAUACUGGGAAGGUGACUCAAGAGGCUACUCGGGCGAGAUGGGCGGUUACGGAGGUGGUGGUGGUAGUAGUGGAAGGUACGGUUCAUCCUACGAUCAAUACUACGGAUAUGCGGCGAGUUCGGAUUACGGCCACUACGGCUAUCCGCCGCCAAUGCCGUCCGAUGGCUACGCAGGGUCCAGUUCUUGGGCACCUCCCCCACCACCCGAGGAGAAACCCAAACCUCCGCCACCCCCAGCGAGCGCCAAAUCCAAACAAAGUCAAGCCGCCCUCGACGACUGCGACAUGUGGGACGACGGAGAAUCCUCCAAGCCACCUCCGCCGAAACCACCCUCGACUCCACCGCCCAUCCCAACCGGCCCCAAAGAUGAUCCAACGGUGGCGGCCGGCGAUGACGACAACAGCGGAUCGGCACUCGAUCUGGACACCCGGAUAGCGCUAAUGUUCAAGGACAAAACGUUCGGUGCGGCCCCGUUCCUGCAGCUGAGCGAUGGCGAAGAAGAGGACAAACGCGAGGAAGGCGAAAUGGCCGACGACAGCCGGGAUGGGUCGAUCAAGGCGGAGCUCAAGCAGGAGGACGAGUCCAGUCCGUUGCCGGAUGCGGACGUGAAGGUGAAGAAAGAAUCCGUCAAGUUGAAACCGCCCAAGGAGGAAGGCGCCAGUGACAUCUCGUCCAGCGAGGACGACAUCCUGGCCAAGGAAAGUCCCCCGCCGAAGCCACCGAGCAAACCGUACAUGGAAGAUAUCAUCAAGCGGGACAACGACCAGAUGUCCCUCUCGAGCUUAUCCUCCAACGAUGGCAAAGUUGACGACACGGCCGCACCGCCACUUCCCCCAGAACCAGCCCCAGACGCACCACCCCCGCCAGAGUCGGUCGCUCCGUACGUCUACCCUCCUGGCAUUGGUCCAGGUAUGGGCUACCCGCCAGCGCCACCCGGAACCGAUCCGUCCUACUACUACUCCCAGUCGUACUCCCAGAGCUCGUACGAACAGUACCAAUCCGGGUACUACCAGAACAGCUACAUGCAGGCGCCGUACGUGCCGGGCCUAACCGGAGCCUACCCGUACCAGACGUACGGCUACUCCGGCAAACGAGACUCGUACGACGAGGACGAUCGCUACCGAUCGUCCUACUCAAGUUCGGAGCGCAAUCGAAGCGAGCGUGAACAGCGCAAGAAACACAAUCGCUACGAGGAGGCCAUCACGGCCGUCAUCGACCGCGUCACGGCCGAGCUAAAGCAGAUUCUGAAGAAAGAUUUCAACAAAAAGAUGAUUGAAAACACGGCGUACAAAAAGUACGAAGCCUGGUGGGACGAAGAGCAGGAAAAGAGCAAGGGCAAGGACAAGGUCGGCGUACUCAGCGAAAUCACCCCGCUGGCGGCGGCCAAAGUGGACAAGGCACCGGACAUCAACCAGCUCCUAAACCAAACGUACGACAAUCUGGACUCCAACAGCAGCUACAUCGGACUUGGUCUGCGGGCGACCAUCCCCAAAAUGCCCAGCUUCCGGCGGAUCCGCAAGCAGCCCAGUCCCGUUCCGCAGGACGAAGACUCGCGCCGCAGCGACCAGGAGGACAUGGUCCACGGGUCCGACUCGGAAAAAGAAACCGACUCCGUCAGCCGACCCAAAACGCCACCCCCGUCCGGUUCCUCCGCCGACACUGGCCGCGGCGCUGGCGUCUCACGAACCCUCUCCUCAUCGUCGGUGCCCCGCUCGGAAAAACGCAAAGCCAGCGUAUCCUCGUUCUUCACCUCCUCCAGCGAGGAGGACAGCUCCGGCAGCGAUUCCGACGACAGCACCGACUCCGGCUCGGGUGGCCUGUCCGACGUGGAAAUGUCGUACGCGAACAAAAAGCAACAACAGCAACCUUCCCAACAGUCCGGAUCCGGAAGUCGCACGGAGAAACGCGACAAACGAAUAUACUCAGACUCGGACAGCGACGAGGAAGCGUCGGAACAGCAGCAGCCAUCGACGACGAGCAAGUUUCCCCUGCCGAGCAGCAGCGCUGGUUCGCGCAACAAAACGAAAAUAUACUCCGACUCGGACUCGGACUCGGAGGUGUCGUCCAAGCCGCCUCCCCGAGAAGUGCUUCCACCCGUGUCCACCGAAAAGGCGCGCAGCAAAAGUCCGGAACCGGCGACCCCGACAGUUCUUCCCCUGGAGCAACUCUGCGAAGCUCUGUCGCCGGAUGUGCCGGACGAGAGUCCGCCAACGCCACAGCAGCCACCCCGCACUCCAGGCCGGGAAUCCCCCAAGAAAUCCACCUACGAGUUUGACCGCAUGUACAGCGACUCCGAGGAGGAGCGCGAGUACCAGGAGAAGCGCCGGCGCAAGGCCGAAUAUCUGGAGCAGAUCGAGCGUGAGUUCCAGGAGGAGCAGCUGCGGUUGGCUCAGGAGCGCGAAGAGGCGGCCAAAGCUGCUGCGGAAGCUCCCGCGCCGGAACCGGUAGCCAAGAAAUCUCCCGUCAAAAGCCAAGCCAAGAACAACCGCAAGAACGCCACUCCGUCGGUCAACCUGCUCGAGAAGGCUCCCAGUCCGAGCGAUCCCAUUACGCCCCUCACGAGUCAACCGCCGCCAACGCCCGGCGCCGGACUGCUCGAAGAUCCGAUGGUGGCCGCGGCAGCAUCCGUCCCCCAACCUGCCAGCAAAAAGAAGAAAGCGGAAAAAGCGCCCAAAUCCAAGGCGAAAGGUGGCAAAAAGGCCAAGGAAACCAACGGCGUGCAAGCGCCGGUGCCGGAGUUGCCUCCAAUCGCUCCCGUCGAACCGCUGCCAAUGGUUCAACCCGUUCUUCCACCCCGGGUCGUCGCGCUGGGAGGUUCCGCCACGCCCCAGCAACAGCUCAGCUCAUCGGACGAUUUCUUCUCCGCCGACGAGGAGGCCGCCGCAGCGCGACGAGCCGCCAAAGCAUCCCCCGCGUCUUCCGACGGUGGCUCGAGCCAAGCUAGUCAGGUGGCGUUGGACCACUGUUAUUCGCUUCCACCCUCGGCAUCGCCGUCGUCUUCCUCGCCGCAUCCCCAGUCGGACUCGUCGGUGCCGGUCACCGUCGCAAACAAGUACGCACCCACCUCGUCCGAAGCGUUGGCCCACGAUCACGGCUACACGAACAACGAUGCCGCCGGAGCCAUCGGCGAGAUGCCAACCUGCCCACCUGCCCAAGUUCCCAUGGAAGUUCAGCAGCAGCAGACGACCGCGACCGAAGUCGCGCAAGUCGUCCCCGCCCAGCGAUCGGCAGGUCGACCCAAGAAAGACCCGAACGCCCCCAAGGCCAAGUACAAGCGCAAGCAGGACAAAGCGGCGGCGGUGGCAGCAGCUACGCUUCAAACCUUUGCCAGCACGGUAGCCACUUCUUCGCAGCAGCAGGCCCUGCUUCCGUUUGCCGCAGGUCAGCAACAGCUGUCCACGUUCAUGCCCGUGCCCAAGUACCACGAGCGGGAUAUCCGGACGCAGAUGUCCAUCCUGUACGAUUUCCUAACGCGCGGGAUCGACGCCGAGGACGUGCAGUACAUCCGCCAAAGCUACGAACUACUGCUCGGCGAUGACACCAACAAUUACUGGCUCAACGCGACGCACUGGGUCGAUCACUGCACGACGGACCGGAGUUUCCUGCCACCGCCGCCGAAGAAGCGCAAAAAGGACAAGGAAACCGUGUGGGACAUCAAGCAGCACUCGACGGGGUCGGCGCGAACGCAGGGCUUCUACAAGAUUGACCCGCGGGAAAAGGCCAAAUACAAGUACCACCAUCUGCGCGGUACGGCCGCCGAGAACCACCUGAAGAACAUCGAAACGGCCAAGGCCGUCACCAAGAUGCAGGGACUUUCGCGGGAAGCCCGCUCGAACCAGCGCCGCCUGUUGACGGCGUUCGGCGCCAGCACCGAGUCCGAGCUGCUCAAGUUCAACCAGCUCAAGUUCCGCAAGAAGCAGCUCAAGUUUGCCAAAUCGGCGAUCCACGACUGGGGCCUGUUUGCGAUGGAACCGAUCGCCGCGGACGAGAUGGUCAUCGAGUACGUCGGGCAAAUGGUGCGCCCGUCGGUGGCGGAUCUGCGCGAGACCAAGUACGAAGCGAUCGGCAUCGGCAGCUCGUACCUGUUCCGGAUCGACAUGGAGACCAUCAUCGACGCGACCAAGUGCGGCAACCUGGCCCGGUUCAUCAACCACAGCUGCAACCCCAACUGCUACGCCAAGGUCAUCACGAUCGAGUCGGAGAAGAAGAUUGUGAUCUACUCCAAGCAGCCGAUCGGCGUCAACGAGGAGAUCACGUACGACUACAAGUUCCCGCUCGAGGACGAGAAGAUUCCGUGCCUGUGCGGGGCACCGGGCUGUCGCGGUACGCUCAACUAAGGUGGACGAAGGUGGUGUAAAUCUGUUAGAAUGCUCAGAGUUAGGUUUUCUUUUCUGUUUUUGUUUUUUCGUGGUCGUCGUGUAAGAUCGAGUGAGGAAAAAGUGUGCGGCGGGACAAGUUAGGAACAAUUUUUGCUUAGCUAAAACAAAGUAAGGAGUAAGGAACAACGGUGAACAAAAUGGGCGAGUUUUGGAAGUCUCGAGGGAGUCUGCCUUGGCGCGGAUGUGUAUGAUAUCUAGGAAGAAAAGCAAUUACGCGGUGGGGAGAUUUUCGGGGGUGGACAGGACUCGCGUUUGUUUACGCCUACAUUUAUCUCGUUUUUCCAGUGAUUCGGAAAAUACAUUCAAAUGCGCCAGUUA